UCCGGGCGCGAGCCGGGCUCCCGCAGCAGCACAUUCAUCCGCUGCCAAGAGGAGCCGCCGGGCGCUCGCAGGCUCGCAGGCUCGCUUGCAGGCUGGGCGCGCGCUGCUCUCGGGAGGACCGAGCCACCGAGCCAAACCUCGCCGCCGCCUCUUCGCGUGAGCCAUGGCCGGCCUCGGCCACCCCUCCGUCUUCGGCCGGGCCACCCACGCCGUGGUGCGGGCUCCGCCCGAGUCCCUGUGCCGCCACGCACUGAGGCGCUCCCAGGGCGAGGAGGUGGAUUUCGCUCGCGCCGAGCGCCAGCACCAGCUCUACGUGGGCGUGCUGGGCAGCAAGCUGGGGCUGCAGGUGGUGCAGCUGCCGGCCGACGAGAGCCUGCCCGACUGCGUGUUCGUGGAGGACGUGGCCGUGGUGUGCGAGGAGACAGCCCUCAUCACCCGCCCCGGGGCGCCCAGCCGCAGGAAGGAGGUUGACAUGAUGAAAGAGGCUUUGGAAAAACUUCAGCUCAACAUAGUGGAGAUGAAAGAUGAAAACGCAACCUUGGAUGGUGGGGACGUCCUAUUCACGGGCAGAGAAUUUUUUGUGGGCCUUUCCAAAAGGACAAAUCAACGAGGUGCUGAAAUUUUGGCUGAUACAUUUAAGGACUACGCAGUCUCCACAGUCCCUGUGGCCGAUUCUUUGCAUUUAAAGAGUUUCUGCAGCAUGGCCGGGCCCAACCUGAUCGCAAUAGGGUCCAGUGAAUCUGCACAGAAGGCCCUCAAGAUCAUGCAACAGAUGAGUGACCAUCGUUAUGACAAGCUCACUGUACCCGACGACAUGGCCGCCAACUGUAUAUAUCUAAAUAUCCCCAGCAAAGGGCAUGUCUUGCUGCACCGAACCCCAGAAGAGUACCCAGAAAGUGCAAAGGUUUAUGAGAAACUCAAGGACCACCUCCUGAUCCCCGUGAGCAACUCGGAGAUGGAGAAGGUGGACGGCUUGCUCACCUGCUCCUCUGUUUUUAUUAACAAGAAGACAGACUCCUGAGCCAGAGAGCCCCUCCCCUGUGGCCAGCAAGUGGCCGAGGCCAGGCCGAUGGCUCCGUCCCAUUGCUCCUGUUUCCUUUGACAAUCUACUGUGCCACUGUGCUACUAACUCUUGUUUACAAAAAAAAAAGAAAGAAAAACUAAUUCCAAUUUUAAUCGCCUCAUUUCCCACACCCUCCUUUUCCUCACAGUGGUACCUAACCUGUGCUUUUGCUAAAUGAAUUAAGCAACCUAGGAAAUGCAGAACUAACAAUCGUUUGGAAUGUGAUUGAUAGUGUGGAAGCCCUCACUUCAGUGUUUGUGUUAUUAGUAUGGGAAUAAUUUAGCUGCAGGGCGUUCUGAAGACUGUCUUCCUGACCAGCCAGAUAAGCAAGGGGCUUUCUUUCUCUUUGUCAUGAAUCGCAUUUGGUUCCUGUGAAAUUCCCUAGAAGAUGGAUGUUUCCCAUUCCCCUCUCUUCUCACCUCUAAAAACCUUUCUUCAGGCUCUUUCUGAGGCCUUCCCGGCUUCUUUCAUGAUCACCUUGACCUUGGAUUUACCCAAGCUCUUGCAUUCUGCCUUCACGAAGGCCCCCUGUGUGCCCGCCUCUUUGUCCCACAGCCACUUCUCCAGCACCACCAUCAGCAAAGCAGAGAGGUUGGUAGGGAGCAGGAACCUCACAGAGGCACAACCUGACAGGCUUUCACAUUGCCACACCUAGGAAGGUAAAUCCAGCCUCAGGUGGUUGAUACAGGAUGUUAGCUACAGAAGCCUAAAACACCCCAUGGGUACAUCUUAGAGAGACUGAGUCACGUGCCAUGAUUUUGCCUCCUGACUGAUCCUGCAGCUUGGAGGGAAGCCUUUCUCCACUCCACCAUCUCCCCUCUUUUCAGCUUCCUUCUGACUCACCGUCUAUCUACCCCCUUAGAAUCAUCAUGACCUUGAAAAAGUCAUUUCCUUUAAAAGAGGCAGAGCAUCUAAGAGAAUUGUUGCUGGUCUGGGGAGGGCCAGAGGGAGCCGCCUCCACCCAAGGCCGAGGAGCGCAAUCAGGAAAUGGUUCCUAAAGUCAGCCUCAAACAAUGUCUGAGUCUCCUGUGAAAUAGCCAUGAAUGUUUACUGUGGAAUUCAACUGAAACUUCAGGUUACACAACUCUGAGCUGGCACAGGUCUCUCAGAGAGCAAUGCCACAGCAAAGGAAGAGAGCAUGCCUGUUUUAAGAAGCUGACACAGGCCAAGGGCGUGCUACUUCUCAAGGCACGGUGACCCAGUGAGGCAGGCAUGUCCUCAAACUUCUGGUCACUUCUACCUUUGCUGCAUUGCCUGCAGUUUGUCAUUCAGUAUUUAAAGUUGAGGAAACAGAGGCAACGUCUUUAUCUGUCUCUCCUUACCUCUCUCUGCGAUCAAUGUUUCUUAUAAUGAAGGCAAGAGAGACGGGCCUUGACUGCAUUCCCCUCAGGGGAUAGAAGGGAGAGAAUCAAGGCAUCCUUUGUCACUCUUCUCUUACUUGCCAAUCUUUCUGAAGAAAUCUCCAUCUCUUCCUUGCUAUCUAACCUUCGACUCAUAGCACAUGCAAAUAUCUAAUUCUGUACACCCUGUGAAGAAACCAUAGAUAGCACAUCUGCUAUCAUAUUUCACAGUGUAUCAUAGGUGAAUAAUUAUGUCUUUUCCAGGGCAAAUGAAUGUGAGUCAGUUGCCUAAAUUAAUAAAGAUAAAUUGUUCUCA